AUGAAGAAGAUUCAGAGGCAAUUUUUUAGGAUGAGUGGCUUGAAUACCCUUCAAGGGUUUUCAGAAUCUCCAGCAGUGGGUUCUUCUGGAGGUUUAUUGAGUUGUUGGGAUGAGAGCAUGUUUGAAGUGGAAAAUCAUGUUAUAAACAGAAAGUUCAUUGCUACGUUUGGGAAAUUUCGAACUUCACAAUUUAGGUGUGGUUUUAUCAAUGUUUAUGGUCCUUCUGUCGAAGAAGAAAAAGCUUGCUUUUUUGAAGAGUUAGCUGGUUUUAUUUGUGGUCAGAGUAUUCCUCUUUGUGUGGGAGGUGAUUUCAAUGUGUUCACAUGGUGUAGCAAUCAGGAUAUACCCACCUUUGUUAGACUGGACAGGUUCCUUGUUGAUGUCCGUUUCUUGGAAGCCUUUCCUGAGACUAUACAAUAUUUGUUACCUAAUGCUAUAUCAGAUCACAAUGCCAUUUUUCUUGAGAAUGGUGGUGUUAGUUGGGGUAAAAAACCAUUCAGGUUAUUUAGUUAUUUGAUGGAUGAAGAAGGUUUUCAGAAUUUAGUUGGCUCUGCUGUACAGAACUGCAAGAGGGAUCGUAAUACAAGAUUUUUCCAUGCAUGUGCUUCAGUCAGGAGAAGGAGGAAUUUUUUGAUUGUUCUAAAUAUCAAUGGAGAGGUUAUUCAAGAUCCAGCUAUCAUCAAAGCUACUGUUAAGGACCAUUUUUUUGGAAUCUAUAAUUCUAAGUCUACCUUGGAAGUUAAAGAUUUGAAGCUGAAUUUUUCCAGAAUUUCUGGGGAGCAAAGUGUGUUUUUGGAAAGAGAAUUUACAGAGGAAGAAAUUUGGGAAACUCUUCAAUCGUGUGAUAGCAAUAAAGCUCCCGAACCGGAUGGAUUAAAUAUGGGCUUUUUCAAGAGAUUUUGGUCUAUUCUAAAGGUGUCUAAUAUUGGUGGAUUAGAUGAUUUUAGACCCAUAAGCCUUGUAGGAGGAUUGUACAAGAUCCUUUCUAAAUGUCUUUCAAGGAGAUUAAGGAAUUGUAUUACUGGUUUGAUCAGCCCAACGCAGUUUACAUUUAUUUCAGGUCGUCAAAUACUGGAUUGCUCUCUUAUAGCUAAUGAGGGAGUUUACUUUUGGAGGAAGAAAGGGCUUAAAGGAUGUGUGUUUAAAGUGGACUUCAGAAAGGCCUAUGAUACUGUUGAUUGGUCCAUUCUCUUUACGGUUAUGGAGAAAAUGGGAUUUAGCUUCAAAUGGAGGAGUUGGAUCAGACAAUGUGUAACAACAACCUCAAUUUCAGUUUUGAUUAAUGGGGUCCCUUCUCAGGAAUUCUCUAUGGCAAGGGGUCUCCGUCAGGGCUACUCUUUAUCUCCUAUGCUUUUCAACUUGGUUGGGGAACUUCUAAACUUACUGCUUUCAAAAGCAGUAUCUGAGGGACUGUUUUCUGGACUGCAAUUUGGAAGAAAUGAGACAACUUUUAAUUUAUCUCAUCUGCAAUUUGCAGAUGACUUAAUUAUUUUUUGUGGAGCUUCGAAGAAUCCGAUUUUAAAUGUUAAGAGGGUCCUAAGAGUGUUUGAACUGAUUUCUGGCCUUCAAUUGAAUUUGAAGAAAAGUUUGCCUCUCGGUGCAUCUAGGAAUUCUUCCUCUCUUUGGGAUCCGGUGGUUUUGCAAUUUAACAAGAAGCUUGCAGGUUGGAAAUCGAACACUCUUUCAUUGGCAGGGAGGCUAGUCUUGAUUAAAUCGGUUCUCUAUUCACUUCCAACCUACUAUUUAUCUCUGUUUAAAAUUCCUUCCUCGGUUAAUUCCAAACUCAAUUCCAUUAUGUCAAAAUUCCUAUGGGGAGGUGGAACGGAUAAAAACAAGAUUCAUUGGGUCAGCUGGUCCAAUGUGUGCAAAUCUAAGGAGGAGGGAGGUUUGGGAGUGUUGAAUAUUAGUAAUAUGAACAGAGCUUUACUGGGGAAAUGGUCUUGGAGGUUUGCUAAUGAAAGGAAUGUUGUUUGGAGGAGGUUGAUAUGUUCAAAAUACAAUCUGGAUCCCUACUCUUUACUGUUCAAUAGCAAGUUACCAGCUCAAUCCUCUUGUAUUUGGAGUUCAGUGGAUAAAUGGGCAAUGGACUGCCCUCUUAAGGUCUCUUUCCUAAGGUUGUUUGCUAUCUCUUCAAAUCAGAGUGAUGCCAGCGAUGCUCUGAUCUGGAAAGGGAAAGGGGAUGGUGUUUAUUCUGUUAAUUCAUGUGUGAAGAUUUGUUCCUCGGUGGUCCUUCAAAAACUACCAGUGAGGACUGAACUGGCUAAAAGAGGGGUUUCAGAUAUUUAUUGGAGUAUCAGUUUUCAUGGAAAUGCGCAAAACUUUCUUCUAGCUUGGGAAGAUCUAAAUUUCGGUUCUACUAUUUGGAACUUUAUUCCGGUUGUUGUUAUGUGGACUGUUUGGAAAGCUAGAAAUGACAUCGUCUUCGAUAGAGGGAAGUUGGAUCAAACUAAUUUAUUUUUCUUAGCUAGAGUAAGGCUUGCAUCUUGGUUCCUAGCUAAGUUUGCAGAUUCGGUCAUUUCUUUGGAUUCCCUUAUCAAUGACCCUUGCCUUGGGGAUUCAUGUUUCCCUCCAAACAAAUCAAUUGUCUCUACCAUCCCGUGGUCCCUCCCUCCUAAGGGCUUUGUUAAAUUGAAUGUGGAUGCAACUACUAGUUUUGACCGAAAGAGUAGUAGAAUUGCAGGCAUCCUAAGGGAUGAAGAAGGUCUACUUUUAGGUUCUUUUAAGACGACUUCUGGUCCAGGUCCACCUAUUCUGAUGGAAUUAAAUUCUGUUAAGGAGGGUUUAAAUUUCUUUCACUCAGUGAGAGGAAGAAUUAAGGGUCGGUUGAUUAUAGAAUCAGAUUGUAAAAUGGUAGUGGAUUGGAUUAAGGAUGGAUCUUGUUGUCCUGUUGUCUAUGCCUCCAUUGUUAGGGAGGUAGCUGUUAAACUCAAAGAAGUCGAGGGAGUUAUUAGAUGGGUGGCUAGGACAACCAAUAUUGAGGCUGAUGGGUUGGCUAAGUAUGGUAUUGGUUAA